AUGUCGCUAAUCAAGACAAUUGGGAGUAAAGCAGCAAGUGCUCUAGACAGAGAGCUAAUGUCACCGGAAGGUGGAGGGUUUUCCAUAGAUCAAUUGAUGGAACUCGCUGGGUUGGCUGUUGCCAGUGCUGUCUAUAAAGAAUACCCUCCCAGCAAGUACCCUAAAGUAUUAUGUGCAGUUGGAGUUGGUAACAAUGGGGGCGACGCACUGGUUUGCGCCCGCCAUUUGACUCUUUUUGGAUACAAGGUUCGAGUUUAUUACCCAUUGAGGUCGAAGAAACCCCUUUUCACAGGUCUACAGACACAACUAGCAACGUUUGGUGUGCCAAUUAUUGAGACAGAUGUACAGAAAGAAUUCCAGCAGGCUGACCAAAUCGUUGAUGGAAUCUUUGGAUUCUCAUUUGUUCCUCCAGUUCGUGAGCCUUUCCUGGAGGUGAUCGGUCUUUUGAAUGAAUACUGCAAGAAGAUCCCCAUCACUUCUGUUGAUAUCCCUUCUGGAUGGGAUGUGGAUGAAGGUCCAGUCAACUCUUCGUUUGAGCCCUCUUCAUUGGUUAGUUUGACCGCUCCAAAGCCCUGCUCAAAACUUUUUAAAGGAACUCAUUUUGUUGGAGGCAGGUUUGUAAAUAAGGAGCUAGCCGAGAAAUGGGAUAUUGAUAUUCCGAAAUACGAAGGAGUUGACCAAGUAGUGAAAGUCCAGUGA